AUGCCGUCUUCACUCGGCUCCCGACUGUCUGGCCUGACCGUGGCCGGCACCGCCAUGAUAGCGUUGCUCUGCACGCUUGGCUAUGGCUAUCAGUAUUCGCACAUCCCCGGCACACGCUUGGCGCCCCCAUCUCAUCCGGGGAAGCGCUCCACCUCGGCCAUCAUCCUAGCUUCCAUCUCCACCUUGGCUCGCUCCUCGAUCUCGUGGUUGCAUCAGCUCAUCUACCCGUCGCCGUCGUCUCCUGCAAACAUGGCCGUCGUCACCAGCGCCGAGCGCGCGCGCAGGUCCAGCGUCGGGGGCGACCUCCUGGCCAAGCUGCCUAGCGCCGUCGUCGUCCAGAUUUUCGAGGCCAUUGCCGACAUUUCCAAACGCGACAUAUGCAGCGUCUCCCGCCUCAAUCGCCGCUACCACACCUUGGCCGAUGCCGUCCUCUACAAGACGGUGCGCUUCCUCACCCCCGAGCUUCAUCUCAUCUUCGGCCAGUCCCUCACGCGCCGGCCCCGUCGCGGCUCGGCGAUUCAUGAGAUCAAGCUCGCCUACCCCGCCUCGCAGCUCUCCGACGUCGUCUCCAAAUUGCCUGUCAAUGGCACUCGGGACUCUGCUGACGAGGCCCUGCCCUUUGACAAUUUAUCCCGCACAAUCUCGACAAUGUCCAACCUCGUCACCUUGGACAUUGCUGUCCCAGAAGCUUUGCUGCAUGGCAUCGGUCAGCUCUUCAAUGGCCCAUUCGAUCUGGCUUGCCUCCAGACGUGCACUCUCUUCUAUCAGUGCCCGGACGACCAGUUUUGGGAUCUUCAAGAGAACAUACACAUCUUUGCCCAUCCUACCCUAGAGACGCUUGUGAUUCGAAAGGCCCGCUUAGGCGACAAACCAUUCGACCUUCCUGAGCGCCCCGAGGAGACUGCCCUAAAAAGGCUGCAUCUGAUCGAUUGCGACAUUAGUGAUGACGGUCUAUUCGAUUUGAUGCAUUACCCGGAACAUCUCGCAGAGUUUGUCAUGACACAAUCCCCUGACCCUGGACCAGACCUGGAGGAGACGUCCGACAGCAUCAGAGACUACAUCAUCGCCAUCGAGCCGCAGUGCAACUCUCUCGAGACCAUCACAAUAGAUCACUCCUUGCUGCGGGAUCGCAGGCCGCUCUCUCUGAGGCCAUUUGUCAAGCUCAAGACUCUUCGUCUCAACUGGGACCACCAGCUCUUUGGUCACUCCUCGAAGAAGCCGCGUCUCCAAUCCGUCGGCAUGCCGCCCGAGCUGGAGACGCUCGAAUUUUUCAAUCAGCUGGGCACCGACGAGGAGGUCACAGACCUCUUCGUGGCAAUGCUCCAGAACCUGAGCGUCGUGGCGCGCAAGCUGACGCACCUGAUUGUCAUGGAGAGCGAGGAGGACACGAAGCCGGUCCCGAAAGAGGUGGAGGAGGCGUGCAAGACGCAGCCGCAGUUGCGCUUGGAUAUCAUCGGGAGGAUGGACACUGUGGACUGCGGAGAUGAUGCAGCAGAGGAUUAG